CGUACUUAAUUGCCGAAAAUGCUCAGGGUAACAUCCAUAGUGUGUGAUUGACUCAAUUGGCAUAGGAAACCACACACGUAUCAGAGUUCUACUCAUCUUGAUUAACAGAAUAUCGCCUUCGAGAAUAUGGCCCUUGGUCUACGAUACAUCGGCGGACGUUAUGGCCUCGCGCUAGCAGCAGCCAUUCCUUGCGCCUUACUUGUGAAGCAUAGCUGGGAUGUCUAUGCGAGCAUAAGGGCGGUCGAUUCGCGCCGUGUAGUCUCUGUUAGCAGUCUUUCGGAGAACUUCAAACAAUCGCACACUCUCAAGACUCUUGUAAACCCCAAAGGACACAUCUCAUCAGCGGACACAUUUGCCAUGGAUUUGGACCUGCCUGAACUCGCAAAAGACCUAAGCGACGAGGUCCUAUUGGCGACUUUCGUCCGUGGGUUCUUUGCAGGAAAGGUUAUAGCGAUUGAGAGGCGUCUAUUGCAGAUAGCACGACUGAGCUUAGUGUCAUACACUGGCCUGGAUUCGAUCUCAGCAUCAAACCAAAUAUGGAAAUCGGAGGACCUGUCAUGCGAGAAACUCCCCCCAGUACACUCAGUAGUGUUGGGGACGUUUCAAAUCAGCCACGCCAAUGUCAUCAACCCUAAAGAGUCACAGGCGGUGCCGGAAACAGAGAGCAGUGUCGACUUUGUCUUCGGGAAAGACAACAGUCAGUUCGCAGGCGCCCAUCGGUUCAGCAUCAUCCGGAACCCUGAGAAGUCGACAAGAGCCAGAGUCAUGUAUGAAUCAACAGCGUGCAAUCCUACUCGGAACCAGCCUCUGUCCGGUAUCUUACUUAGGUUCCACAGCAUCUAUGCUAUGCUGCUGUUCCGUGAGGGCGUGUCCGAAGUCUUGCAGACACUUGGACCGAGUGCAUGACUAGUGCCAGGACGAGAAUCAAAGGGUGGCAUUAUUACAAGCUUCGAGGAACUUCAGCAUAUCGGUCGGCUGGAGUAAUAUGUAAUAGCAUCGGUACUUCAUGAUAGGGCCCAUAAGUCUGGAAAAAUAUCAAUCUACCAUCUCAUCACAGCAAUUCAUCAUUAGAAACUUCCAAGCUACGGCAACAUCUAAAGUAAAUGCAUAGUAAAUGGUUCGCGAGAGACACU